AUGGCUGGUUCCGUUAAUAAAGUUAUUCUUGUCGGCAACCUCGGUAAAGACCCGGAAGUGCGUCACUCACAGUCUGGGCAGAAGAUUGUUUCUUUCACCCUGGCCACGUCUGAUACGUGGAACGACCGCCAGUCAGGCGAACGGCGUGAACGCACUGAAUGGCACAAAGUCGUCGUCUUUAAUGAUCGUAUCGCAGAUGUUGCUGAGCGUUUCCUGCGCAAGGGUCGCAAGGUCUAUCUCGAAGGCUCACUCCAGACCCGGAAAUGGCAGGGGCAGGACGGAAAAGAUAUGUACACCACGGAAGUUGUAAUUCCUCGGUUUGGCGGAGAGCUGACCAUUCUGGAUACGCGACACACUGAGGAAGGCGAACAGACUGGCGGAUACAGCAACGCCCCACGGAACUCUGGCGCCCGCAGUAACGGCGGUCAGGCGGGGGCAUGGGAUGCUCCCCAGUCAAACGGUGAUCUGGACGACGAGAUACCGUUCUGA